AUGGCAAAAAUAGUUUUAUCCGAACAAAAAAAGAUUAUUCACGUUUAUGACGAUCAAUGUCAAUUACUACAUUCUGCAAAAAGCAUUCAUGAAGCAGCAACACGUUUGAAUAUAUGUCCUACUCUCAUUAAACUUCAUUUAAAGAAGGCUAGACCUUUGAUGGUUAAAAGUUUGGAUAAACUUUAUUACAUUGUCACUGAUAUUGCAAAAAUUAAUGGAAUGAAUACAGAAGAAAGAGUAAAUUAUCUUAAAGAUGCGAACACUAUGUCUCCUAAAGAUUAUGGGAAUAUUAAUCAGAAAACUUCUAAUAGUUCUGAAAAGUUAUCGUUACCGGAACCAGAAUUCUUUGAUUCUAUUCGCCGUUUCGCUAGUGAUCAUUAUACAAAUGCCUAUAAAUUACCCGAAAUCUUUGGUCAAAUGGAUGAAUCUGCUUUAUUGACAAUGGGAGUUUUGCUACAAGAAUAUAUCAAAAACAUAUUUUCAAAUACUUCAUGA